ACAAAUGGUGAAACACUCCUAAGGAUGGCACAACGCUAGAAGAAAAUAAAGUUGCGGAGAACAGGUUUGUUGUCAUCAUGUUAACCAAGAGUAAGGUCUCAUCAAGUGGAACCUCAACUACAGCAGCUGCACCCACAAGCCAGGCUCAACUUGCAAGUAAUUCCCCUCCUACUGUGACAAAUACUUCCCCUCCUACCGUGACACAACCACCACUUGCUUCUCAACCUCCUGCCCCAACUGCAGCACCGGGAGAGAUUUGUUUGAAGUGUUUUCUUUUUUGGGGUGUAAACAUGCAGUUUAUUGAAUAUACUUAUCAAAGAAAAUAAAGGUCUUGAGUGAGGGAAUGGCUUUUUGGUUCC